AUGAGGGUGGUGUCAAGCUGCCGGAGGCAGGCCCUAGGGCUAGAAGAGGAGAACGGGGUGCUGGUGGAGAUGAGGAUCCAGCCNAGCCGAUGGACCUCCGAGAGAGUGGUGGGGGGGACGAAGGGGAUGAAUGGGAGGCCAGGGGUCCUGAUGUACGAGUAUCAGACUGUGAAGGCAGCAACGGAGGAGCUCAGACAAGAGCUUGAGAAGAUGAAUAGGGGUACUAGAUGUGAUAUGGAUGAGUUCGGAAGGAUCAGGGAGAGAGUUGAGAGCUUAAAGGGGUGGUUUGGGUCGCUGAGAUUCGGAACUGACAGCCUGUCAAUCUGA